CGGCGCAUUUUAAUGACGUCUGUUGUGUUUUGGUGCUAUGUCCAUCGAGUACCUCUUUAGACCCGCGAUUCAUUGAGUGUUUUUUGUUCUGUUAAGCAUUUGCAAUGAAUAAGAAUAAGGCCAGAGGCGUGUCAUGGGUGAAACCAGAGGAACCGUCCUUUCUGAAGAAGUUUAAGAGUGAUGUUGGUUACAAAGAAGGACCGACUGUCGACACCAAGCGCCAGGAGAUGCCAACAUUGGACGAUGACAGCGGAAGUGAUCGAGAGGAUGAGUUACCUCAAGUUGUGGUCCUAAAAAGUGGAGACCUGACCGCAGAAGACGUGAAGAAGAUAAAGGGCAAACUGCCUACUGGAGGCGCAGAGAAAGACGAUGAAGCUCCUCCUGAUGGGAAAAUCUUGUUCAAGAAACCAGCCAAGCGCUCCUCCUCUGACAAAUUCCAGGGCAUCACCGCCAGCUCCAGCAAAAAGAAGAAGAGUGACAGAGGAGACAAGGAGGAGGAGGAGGAUGAGGAGAAGAAGCAGAAGGAGGUGAAUACUGGAAAGAAAGUAAAAAAUAAUAGCCUUCUGUCAUUUGGAGGGGAUGAGGAGGAAGAGGAGGAUUAAAUGUUACUGAUGAGAUGUAGGACUCAUUAACUUCUGUGACAGAAAGGGAUUAAAGUGAUGUUUGAACUUUUAAUGGUAUUUUUUUUUUAUUUUCCAUAAUAUUGACAAAUGUCAAUGAACAGUGUAUUCUAUACAGACACUGUCCCGAGUUCAUCAACUGUGUGCAGCCUGUUCAUUCUGUAGCUCACAGUGCCAGUGUUUUUGUAUUUUUUAAUGUUUUUAGUCCACUGACUGCAGAUAGCAUUAGUCCAACUGUGAUGUUAUUGAUGACUGUUCCAUUAAUUUUAGUAGACACUGAAAAUCAACUUGCAGAAAUAGAGAUGAACAUCUUGAUUCCCAUUUUUUUUGUGUGCUGUGUAUGUGAAGGAGCAGAGGCAUGACUUAAGGUUUAAUUCCACCAAUUUAACUCAUUAAAGUGAUAAUUGCAGGUCCUGGACAGCACCACUGCAUAUACGAGAAGGGUCGAGGUACAAAGCUCUUUGUGGCUAAAUUUGCUAAAUUGCCUCCAGUGUUUGAUGCAUUUUGGGUAAUGUAGGUGCCAGGGUUAGAAUGAAAAAACUUUCUGCCUUAAUGAGCUCUGUCUGAAAAUAUAAUCCUUAAAAUAAACAGAAAGCCUGUGCAGUUGUUGACUAAAAUACUGUGUAAUCUGACCAUUUGCAGCAUUUAAAAUGUCUCAUCUUACAUUACAUUAUGGAGUAAUGUCAAAAUUGAUUGUUGACCAACUUCCAACAAUCUUAGUCUCUGCACAUUUUGAGACUCCAUUAUUGAAAUAUUAAGCAAUAACAUGAAAGUUGACCCUCAGUACUAUUAAUGAAUGGACACUGAUAUAAAUACCGUUGGUGAAUCUCAGAUGUAGGCGAUUAAUCGCUAAUGGGCUAAAAAAAAUAAAAUUAAGCACACCAGUCUGGUUCUCUGUUUAGUCCUUUUUCAUUAAAGAUAUGACAAGAGAACAUGAGCAGUAGUUAAUGAGACAGUAAAGAAGUAAGAACCCAGGCAUUUCUGCUGGCAGAACACAGGAGCAAAGUUGUAGCUUUUAUUUGUCAUGUGAAUGUGCUCAUCAAAAUGUUUGGUUGGUACUCAGUGUAGCACAAACUAUGCAACUUACUCUGAUCAGUGGAAAUCAGGCAAAAACAGGUGCAGAAACAGGACAAAUUAUUAGUUGAAAUGAAAUUAUUGGUUGUUUGUGCCAAGUUUUACACAGAACAGUCACGUCCUCGUUAUGGAGAUUUUUUUUUCCCCCAUGUAAUGAAAAAUGUAAAGUUGAGGUCUCCUCUGGUCAGAUCCAGAGGACGGUAACCACCUUUUGAUUAGGAUAUUUCCUGUGUUUUGGGUUGCUUUAGGAAACGGUAAUUAAAUUAUUUCUAUCAAAAAAGACCACAGUUGGAGGUCAAUGACCACAUGAUUCAGGAACACCCGUCUCUCAUAUGUGCCAAGAUCCCCCCUACUUGUGUUCAUUUUUAUCUCUGUGGUGUCGUCACAACUGUUAGUGUGUUUGCAUGAUUGAAGUAAUCAGCGCAUUCAAUGAUGUAUUGGAUGUAUGAAUAUAUUCUAGCUUCGACAAAGGAGCUGUAACAGUGUAUGUACAAACGAUGCAUUCUUGUCAAUGCAGUUGUAUCAUUUAAAAAUGUGAUUUGUUUUUUUUUUUAUUUUGUGCAUUUUUAGAGAAUGGUUGUAACUGUAACAUUUGAAAUAUAAAAUAUUAAAUCGACUGUACGCCA